AUGUCGUUCCUUCGUCUCCUGUCUAUCUUUCCCCUGGCAUACGCCAGCAUAGCUGCAGCUACACCGGCAGCUACGCCGACCGUCUUCUCCAACCGCACCAUCUUCACACCCCCAUCCAACUACACGGACCCCCGUGUCCUGUACGCCCGCAGCGUGCAGCUGCCCAACGGCGACCUGCUCGCAACGUGGGAGAAUUACUCGCCUGAGCCGCCGCCAGUGUACUUCCCCAUCUACCGCUCGCAAGACAACGGCUAUUCAUGGACGGAAAUUUCCCGCGUGCAGGAUACAGCGAACGGCCUGGGACUGCGCUACCAGCCGUUUCUGUACGUGCUGCCUGAGAAAAUCGGCCAGUUUCCUGCGGGCACGCUCCUGCUGGCUGGGAAUAGCAUCCCCACGAACCUGUCGUCUACGCAUAUCGAUCUGUAUGCCUCGCAUGACAAUGGCAUCACCUGGUCGUUUGUCAGCCACAUCGCUGAGGGCGGCGAGGCGGUGCCGGAUAACGGGCUGACGCCGGUGUGGGAGCCAUUCUUGCUGGCGCACAACGGCCGCCUCAUCUGCUACUACUCGGACCAGAGAGCCAACACGACGCAUGGGCAGAAACUGGUCCACCAGGUGUCGACCGAUCUGCUGACGUGGGGACCGGUGGUCGAUGAUGUGGCGUAUCCGACGUACACCGAUAGACCGGGCAUGACGACUGUUGCGAAGCUCCCCAACGGCCAAUUCAUCCUAACCUACGAAUACGGCUCCUUCUUCAACACAUCGACCUACUCCUUCCCCGUAUAUUUCCGCAUCUCAUCCGAUCCAGAAGCCUUCAAUUCCGCCCCCGGAAACCGUCUUGUCGUGUCGGACGGCACGCAACCACAAUCAUCGCCUUACGUCGUCUGGACGCCCUACGGGAACAGCGCCAACGGCUCGAUAAUCGUUAGCUGCGGGACGUAUAGCAGCGUGUUCAUCAACCAGGCUUUGGGCCAGGGAGAGUGGACGGAGAUCGCGACGCCGGAAGGAACGAGCUAUUCGCGCUCGCUGAGGGUGUUGCAGGACGAGAAGAAUGAUGGCCGAAUGCUGCUGCUGAUGGGCGCAGGGCAUCUCCCGCCCAGCAUGACGAAUCGGGUUACGGACAGUUUGGUGGACUUGGCGAGUUUGUUUUAG